UGUGCUCUGACUGAGAGAGAGAGAUAGAGAGAGAGAGAGAGAGAGAGAGAGAGAGAGAGAGAAAAUGGAAAGGAAGGCAUGGCUAAGGGGCGUAUGGGAGAUGGUUAAGGAGGCUUUUUGUCAAAAGCUCUUCACAUGCCAUCUCCCAUCUUCUCCUCACCUUCUCCCAGAUCAGUUUUCCAGUCACUCUGUCAUUGUCACAGGUGCAACCAGUGGAAUUGGGUUACAUACAGCAAGGGAGGUGGCCAUGUGUGGCGCCCACGUUACCCUGGCCUGCAGGAACACCAAAGCCGCCCGCGAAAUCGCACAUCGGUGGCAGCAAGAAGCGCACGCUAGCAGAGUCCUACACGUGGAGGUGAUGGAGCUGGACCUCCUUUCUCUCUCCUCCGUGCGGAGCUUCGCGGCCGAGUGGGAGAGACGCGCGCGGCCCUUGCACGUGCUAAUCAACAAUGCGGGCGUGUUUCUCAUGGGAGAGCCGCAGAAAUUCUCCGAUGAUGGAAUUGAGCAACACUUGCAAGUUAAUCAUGUGGCACCAGCAUUGCUGACACUCCUUCUCUUACCUUCGCUACUUAGAGCUCCCUCCUCUCGAAUAAUCAAUGUUAAUUCUGUGGCCCAUCAUUGUGCGGUGGUCAACCCUCGACAGUGGGAGAGUAGGAUCGAUGAGAAGAAGUUCAGUAGCAUCCGAGCCUAUGGAGCAAGCAAACUCGCACACCUCAUGUUUUUGAAGAUUCUGGCAAGCAAGCUCAUGGACGAGAGGAAAAACUGCAUCCAGUGCAUUGCAGUGCAUCCGGGGAUUGUGACCACCAACUUGGUGCGUACAGUUCCAAGCUUUCGGCGUAGGUCGUUCUGGAGGUUCGAUCCAAAGGAAGGGGCUAGGAGUGUGCUCUUUUGCGUGGCCAGUGCUGACGUGGCAGCUGACCUGGAAAAGGGGUUCGCGUACUACUCAUGCAAUUGCAAGCCAGCCCGUGUAUCAGCUCAAGCAGCUGACGUGGACACCUGUAUGGAGGUCUGGCAAAAGACACUUGAAAUUGCAGGACUAAAUGCUGAUUAUCUGACUCAAGUGAUGGAUAAUGCAAGCAAUCCCACAUUAAUUUAUAGAGAGUUGUUAGGUAAUACAAGUAUUAUAGUCUAGAAAAUGUGUAAAUUGUAAAAUCAUUCCCACCGAAUACAUCUUUAAUUAUUUAAAUUCAUUCAUAUAUGUCAAC